AUGCGGUUCCUGGAAGAGGGUCCCGACCCCGAAGAAUAUUCUUCGCGCGUCGAUUUUGAUGAUAUCGAUUCCCAGGUGUCAGGGAUCGGCUCGCAGACACGUUCUGGGUACAUAUCGCCGGGCCGCAUCCUCACAGGCAGCAACUCGAAAAUCCAAGGCUAUGUACAGGAAGAGAAACGGUUAGCAGAGGAUAGGAUGCGCGAAGAGAAACGAAAAGCAGAACAGAGGCUGCGGGAAGAUAAGCUAGUUAGCACAUUCUCCUGCGGCCCUUUAGGAAGCUCGCGUUAA